UCCGACUGAGAUGAUGAACAGAAUAUUUCAGAAAAUGUAGAAUUUCGUCCAGCACAGUACGCCGAAGAACUUUAUUGGCACCACGAUGUCCUCGAAAAAGAAAAACGCCGCUCAGAUGAAUGUUCGCACGCACCCCGCAAAUGCGGCUUUCCUCGCGCACUUUGAGGAAAAGGGGGCCGUCAGUUACGACGCCAAGAGAAACGUCCGGGGUGUGGUGAAGAGCUUGAAAGCCUACCCUCUCGCCUUGGAUACCAGCGUGCAAGCCCAGUGGCUGACGGGUGUGGGCAAGACCUUUUCUGCGGACUUCGAGCGGGUUCUGCACGAUAAAAAUAAAGCGACGGCCUCGUCCGCCAAGAUGAACAAUGGUGCCGCCGCAACUUCUACUUCCUCCGAUGGUGCUGCGGAGAGCGUCAAGCAGCUGCGAAAGUGGCGAACUAAAGUGAAGGCGCGGCUCACAAAGGCGCUCAAGAACGACCCCGAGCUGCUGCUGGGUCGCGCGAACGUUCAGGACCUCCAGCGACGCGUGGAAUCCGGGGAAAUUCAGCCGAACACGACCGGAGCAGGGGGCUCUUCUAAGAAGCGAAAUAUUAAAUCUACUGCGGUUCUUCGUCCUGGUCCCGACAGUCAGGUGUCCGGGGUCGUGCCCUCGGAGAAUGAGGAGGAUAAUGGUACGGAGGACGAAGAUAUCAAAUGUAAAAAUGUCUGGGUCUGGAAGAAUGCUAGUUUGUCAUGCUUGUCUGGCAUGACUCUUAAAUCUGUCAUGCACAUUACCAAAGAGCCCCACUUUUCUGUCAUGCAGAAACGUAGUUUGUCAUGCAGAAUAGGCAACACCUAGAAGCUCAGAAACUUGUCAUGCUGAGCCAGCAAUUGUGGCCUCCUCAUGAUACGCCACACAGCAUCACAAGUUUCCAGCAGACCCAGACACUUUUACAUUUGAUAGAAGACUUUAACUCGGAAGAGGAUGAGGCCGGAGAUACCUCCUCGUCUUCCGACGAUGGUGGAGGUUUCCUCGUCGCACCGCCGUUAUUAUCAAAUGCAAAAAUGUCUGGGUCUGAAAACUUGUGAUGCUGGGUGGCGUACCAUGAUGAGGCCGCAAGUGCUGGCCCAGCAUGACAAGUUUCUGCGCUUCUAGGUGUUGCCUAUUCUGCAUGACAAACUGCGUUCCUGCAUGACAGAAAAGUGGAGCGCUUGGGUAACGUGCAUGACAGAUUCAAGAGUCACGCCAGACAAGCAUGACAUCAAACAUCCAUUCUUCCAGACCCAGACACUUUUGCAUUUGAUAGUUAUUUGUUGAUAAAGCAGUAGACCACGACGACGGCCUUAAAAAUGUGGUCCAGCAAGAAGACGGUGUCGGUGUAGUUCCACUUGUUCCACCUCAACUCGAUGACAGAAAUCAGAACUACGUGGUGGGCCUUGCUGCAGCUGCCGCACGUGAGGAAGAGGACCUUCAAAGGGCCAUCAAGCUAUCACUCGCGGAAGAAGAGGAGCGGCGCAUUGGCAUUUCAUCCCAACUGGUACAACAAACUGACCCGCACUAUAAUUUCCGUUCAACAUCCGGGAGCUCAACGUCGAGUGUAGCUCUUGCUGCCCCGUCAUCCUCCUCGCAGUUUUAUGCGGCGGAACCACCGCCGUUGAAGCGAAUGCGAGUUGAAAGAAACGGAAAUGAUGGACCGACCGCAGGAGCCCCACCAGCCGCACCUGCUUCUGGAAGCACUGCUAGCUUGGUCGAACGGCUUCUGGCUCCGGUCGUAGUAAAAGGCCCUUUACGCGGGGGAGCGGCCCCUUCGGGGACCUCGUUCGAGCCUUCUGGUGCGGGUCUGACGAACUCUGCGGCCGCGUCAGGAACAGGAACGAGCGUGAGCAAAUUCAAAAGUGCGAAUCAUGCGAAUAAUGCCAACCAUGUCGUUGAUCAUACCGAUUUGCAGCCGCAGCGUUCUGCGUCCUCACAGUUCUCGCAGUUCAACUACAACACAACGGGCAAUGUUCAGUCGUUCGACACGACUGCAAGAAAUAGUACAUCGAACUCGCAGUUUGCAAUUGGAUUCAAGAAUACUGUAGCAUCUAGUAGUUCCUCCUCAUCUGGCUUCGCGUCGUCUUUCACCGGAGGUUUCGCAGGACCAGCAGCCUCUAGAAGUGGCAUUCCCGCGUUUUUUGGUGGUGGUCCUGCAUUUGGACAAAAGUCGCAAUUCUCUCCGGCCGUGCAGCCAGUGGGCAGCACUGGUGGUGCUUUCUCCGCAGCGGCGGGAUCUUCAUUCGGGCAGGUAAAUAACAACUUUCACAACUUCUCUCCAGCCGCGCCCGGAGCAAGCGGAGACGAGCAGAUGAUUCUCACUUCCCCCGUUCUGGAGCAGCACCAGCCACAACCUCCGACGUCGUCGUCUGGACCACAGGUGCAACUAGACGAGCCUGGUGGCCCAAAGAACACCGGUCGUGCUGUAUUCGGCUUCGUGCAUCAAGAUGAACAGCAACAGCAACACAAUAUUAACGCGUCGCCGGCACUCAACAACGGGUUCAUGAACAACGGGCAGAUGCAUAGUGGGAACAACUUUGGGCCGGGCUUCGGACAGCACCAGUCGAAUGACCGCGGACCACAGGGCUUUCCGCAGACGAGCUACAACUUUGCACCACACGGCUUUCCGCCCCAGACAUCAAGUUUUGGGCACCAGCGAGCGAUACCUAGUACCAGUGGGGCGCCAACAACUUCCAGUGCAGUUCAGCAACAACAGCAUCGGCAGCACGGAAGUGGAACAUUAAUAGGAGGAUAUCAAACUACGAAUCCGACCUCUCAUCCACAACUCCCAGGAGCGGAACUGUUCGUUCCAAAGCCACAGGUGGCACAACAGUUGGAGCGGCGUAUGUACACAGAGGACCACGCAGCUGACCCUGCGUCAUUUUCUAGUUUUCAGUCCGCCGAUCGUGAUAAAGCAGCAGGAGCACACGUGACCACGAGCCCUGAUGGUACGCCCAUGCUUCAAUCACCCGCUGCUCAGCUUCCUCUAACGUCCAUAUCAACUACAAAUAUGUCUGGGUCUGGAGGUAGAUGUACAAGGUCUGUCAUGCUUCUGCUUGUCUGGCAUGUGAUGUUAACUGUGAGCUCUGUAUUGCGAGGCCGGAAUGAGCUCCUCUCGCCUGGUGUCAUGCAAAAAUGAAAUUAGUUUCCCAUGUGGGAUACGCAACUCAGAACCACCACCACGGAAAAACUUGUCAUGCUUGGCAGCGCGGGAGUAGCAUUACAGUGUGCUCACCAUUCCCUUCCUUGCAUCACAAGUUUCCAGACCCAGAACACAUAUUUGCAAUGCAUAGUCCACGUCCACGACGGAAUUGAUUGCCCGUCUACGGGCCUCGCGACCACCACCACCAGGUACCGCAUCCGCAUCUUCCAAUCAGAACGCGCUGACGUUGCAACCUAUGAAUGACACAACUGGCGCAGUAGCUGUUGCAGCCGGUUCGAAGAUGCAGAUUUCCGGCUUUUCGAGUACGACCGCCGCCACCGCACCAGCGGCACCUACCGCGAAGCAGGCUGGGUUUACGACCUGCUCAAACGGUUACAAUCUCAAACGUUACAAGAGAAUACUGGCAAUCUUCUGUGAUUCAAGAACGAAAUGCAUGAUCUAUCCUACGUACUCCCACAGGAUUGCGCAUGACAAGUUGUGCUGGAAUCCAAAACCCUACUAGAAUCUGGCGAUAUUUGUAUUGCAGAAGGUGGAUGACGCGUGCUGUGCGAGUCUGUCAUGCUCGUGGUCAUGCAAUACAACAUCCAGACUCUUCUAUUGAAGCGCUUGAGAUUGUAACACCUGAGCGCGUCAUAGGGUUUUCCGCGACUUUUUCAUCGGCCUUCUUUUCCUCCGCGACGGCCUCCGGUUCUACCUUUGGAGGCAAAAAUCUUAUUAUAGCAUCGGAGACGAGUGUGACCACAGGAGUUCUUGGAGUUGCAAGAACAGCAGCUGCCUCUAGCUCUACUACCACGUCGCAGUUUGCGGGCAGCAGCGGAUUUGCUUUUGGUGCCAAGGUCGACAAGAGCUACAUCUCGGCUCCACCACCUCCCUCGGGAACUACAACUAGCCGCAAUUUUUCCCCAGCACAUCUAUCGUUGCAGGAGUCCAUCGCCUCAGCAGGAGCCGCUGCCGCUGGGAUAUCCCACGAAAAAAGUGUAUACAGUUUACACAUUUGUAGUGAGUUCAACAACACAAAUUUCUCUGCAUGAGAGAGAAAACUUGUAAUGCAGAAAUCCUACGGCAAAACACCUCUGAAACGAGGCUCCUAUGCAUAUCCGGCAUGACAGAGCUUGUCUGUCUUGCUUGGCCUGCAACACAAUGUGUAACUGUAACACUUUUUUGUUGCGAUAGGGGACAACGCGCUUCUACUUUCGCGGGUGCCGGAAGCCAGCGAACUCGCACCAGACUCUAGUGCUGCUUUCGGACACCCGCGAGCAGCGCGCUUUCAAGAGCACAUCUCUGAGCGACACGUCGGAGAUGCGCGCUUUGCCGCUGGGAGACAUGUGCUGGAUCUGGCGAGACGACGAGAUGAGCAAUAAAGCGACGGGAAGCCCCCGCGGCGGCGGCGCGAGCGAAAGCAACGAGUUGCUCGCGGGCUUUCUGCUGGAGCGCAAGUCCGUUCCGGAUUUGGAUUCCAGUAUCCGCGACGGGCGGUACAACGAACAGAAGCGGCGGUUUCUGAAAAUGCCGCAGGACCUCGUUCGCCUCUUUUACCUCGUCGAAUGCAGCAAAAGGUGCUUUUGGGAGAUGAAGGCCGGCGGCGCGAAAAAGUUCGGUUUCGACCGUGGCUUGCCGCAUUCGACCAUCUGCGCGGCCCUGGUGCACACGCAGUUUAUUUCCGGAAUCCGGGUUUGUCGGACGCAAAAUCCGGAGCACACCCACGCCCUACUUGAGAGCCUGACGACAAGCGUACAAAAACUCCAGGACCCCCGUGAGCAGCAAACAGGAUCUUCAUCUGCCGUAGCAAUUAAUCCCGUCGAGGCUCGCCACGUAGUUGGUACUGCGGUACCUAGUUCGUCUCCGAACAAAGAAAAAGAUCAUCAUAAAAUAACCGGCACCGAGGGCGGCGGGUACUACACCUACGAAGAGUUCGCGCGAACUGCGAAGAAGACCGCGGACCUGCAGACGCGGCAGAUUUUUGGGCGAAUGUUGCGCCACAUCGACCAGUGCGGGGAGGAGGCGGUGGAGCAGCUGGUACUAGAAUUCCGCUCGUGGCGCGACCUGAUAAGGCGCUUCCCGCACAAAACCGACGCAGAAUGGAUCAAAGUUUUGAAAGAAAAAAUGUUGGAAAAACAGCGGACAAAAGGGAAAUUUGACCCGGCCAAGAAGCCACGCUCGGUGAACAAGAACGUGCUCAGUCGGAUACGACUGUUUAUUGAACAGUAACCCAUGUGACGAGGUUCAGAUACUCGCAAUUCUAGACAGUAAUCGAUGUAUCCCGUUGGUCCUCGAGCAUGACCGUCAUUCAUGUACUAGGAUAUAUACGACUCCCGCCCCUCGUGAAGAAAUGUCGCCACUUGAUAUUCAAAUUUCUCCAAAAU